GAAACUUCACAGCUCCAUUUAUUUCAGUACCUGGAGGAAGUCGACGAAGUGCUCGAAGUGCUACAGCGGUACAGUGCAAUAUGUGGUGGAGAGUUUUCAGUUUGCUGGCUUGGUUCCCCUUGCAAGAGGCCUUUCUGACUAACCACAUGGAAACCAUCACCGUGGAGGAAGGCCACACGCUCACUCUAAAGUGUGUCACUUCUCUGAGCAAGGCUGCCUCCCUCCAGUGGCUGACCCCUUCAGGAUUCACCAUUUUUUUAAAUGAGCAUGCGGCUUUUAAACAUUCCAAAUACCAGCUCCUUCAUCACUCAGCCAGUCAGCUGUCCAUCAGAGUCCCUAACGUGACCCUGCAAGAUGAGGGCGUCUACAAGUGCCUGCGUUACAGCAACUCCGUGAGCACCAAGGAAGUCAAAGUGAUGGUGCUAGCAACUCCUUUCAAGCCAACCCUGGAAGCUUCAGUUGUCAAAAAGCAAAACGAAGAAGAACAUGUUGUACUUAAAUGCUCCAGUGUGAGAAGCAAGCCCCCUCCGCAGAUAACCUGGCUACUCGGGAAUGGCAUGGAGAUCUUCGGUGAAACCCACCAUGAAUUUGAAACUGAUGGGAAGAAGUGCAAUACUACCAGCACACUCACAGUCCACACGUACAGCAAAAAUUCAACAGUGAAUUGCAUUAUCCGACACAAAGGCCUACCAGGGAGAAAACUGGUAGAACCCUUCCAGUUUGAAGAUUUCGUAGCCGAUGAAGAGACAGUUUCAGAUGCUCUGGAGAGAAGCUCUCUAUCCUCUCAAGACUCUCAGCAGCCCACUAGUACUGUCUCAGUAAUGGAAGAUUCUAGUACAUUAGAGAUGGACAAAGAAGAGGAAGAACAAACCACUCAAGACCCUGACUUGACCACUGAAGCCAAUCCUCAGUAUAUGGAAUUGACAAGGAAGAAAAGUGGCAUCCUGCUGCUUACUCUGGUGUCCUUCCUCAUUUUCAUACUCUUCAUCAUAGUCCAGCUGUUCAUAAUGAAGCUGCGGAAAGCACAUGUGACGUGGAAAAAGGAAAAUGAAAUUUCAGAAAACACACUAGAAAGUUACAGAUCGAGGUCAAAUAAUGAAGAAACAUCAUCCCAAGAGAAAAAUGGCCAAACUUCCCGCCCUAAGCGUUGCAUAAACUACAUCACCAAGUUGUACUCAGAUGCAAAAACAAAGGGGAAGGAAAAUGCGCAACGUUCAGAAUUGAAAGGAAAGCAGACUCAUAUACCAGAGAGCAUUGUGUAGUGCUCUCUGCGGUAGAAAAUGUGGUUUCAGGGCAGCCCGUGGGGAAGAGCAUAAUGACUGUGCCAUGGAAGAUGUCCCCAGUGUGCCACGAGAGACGGGGUCCUCAGAUGAUAAUCUGUGCCAGAGCCAGCGCGACAACAUGAGGACCAAACCCCGCACAUAAAGCUCGUUGCUAAAAGGAAGAAAGCAAGAAAGAACCUAUUAUUUCUGACACUACUUCAGAGCAGGAAGAUUCUACUAAACCUUGAGGAUCAGGGUCAGUGUGACCGGCUAACAUCUUACCUCAAAGGGAACAGGAAUUUUUUAGAUACUUGGCUCUAGUGGAACUGCUUUAUUAAAAAAAAAAAAAAAAAAAAAAAAUUUUUUUUUUUUUAAAUCUUUCCUCUGGUCACCAAAUAAAGAAUUGUGGGAUGAAAGUACCUAAAGAUCUCUGAUCCCAGGAGGCUACUUUCUUUUUGUUGUUGUUGUGGUUGUUCAAUGUCAGCCCCUUAUUUGUACAUGUUUCAAAUGACUCUGAGCAUGCAUUGAGCACUGUAGCCUGGGGGUAUGAGAGAAAUAAAUGCACACGGAGUAGAGUUAGCCCAUAAGACCCCGCUCGCUGACCACUGCUGUCCUGGAGGGGCCAGUGGGUGGAGGUGAGCUGGGGGUCUGCAGCUUCUGAGUCAUGUGACCUGGGGCAGCUCCUUCAGCUCCCUGAACUGAGGAGGUUAGUUUCAAGACAGACUAAGAAGAUGUAACCAGCACUUACCAGGUCAGGCAGAAGUGGUGCAUAAUAAUGAAUGAGUCCGAUGGGCAGGAAGGCCCCAGCAUUCAUGCUCAAGGCAUAAGGAGUUAGCUUAAAGUUGGCCCAAAGAUUAGAAUUUCUCGGAUUUUCUUGCUAAGUCAUGAGAGCUACCUUUUAGACAGAGUUUUGACCUGGACAUUCCAUUACAAAAACAUGUACAAAAGAAAAUGCUGAGUUUAAUUCACUGAUUAUUGGCCUAAUAGAUGGUUUUUAAACACUCUUUAAUAAAGAGCAGAAUAUAUAUUUGU